AUGUCGGCUCCCAACAUCAGUGAUCAUGGCCUCCCAGAUACUCUCUUCCUGACGGGGAUCCCAGGAUUGGAACCUGCCCACGCAUGGAUUGCCAUCCCCUUUUGUGCCAUGUACCUGGUAGCACUGGCUGGAAAUGCUGCCCUCAUAUUGCUCAUUGCAACAGAUCAUGCCCUUCAUGCACCCAUGUACCUCUUCCUCUGCCUUCUCUCCCUCACCGACCUGGCCCUCAGCUCCACCACUGUGCCCAAGACACUGGCCAUUUUAUGGCUUCAUGCUGGUGAGAUUUCUUUUGGCGGAUGCUUGGCCCAGAUGUUUUGUGUCCAUUCUAUCUAUGCCCUGGAGUCUUCUGUUCUUCUGGCCAUGGCUUUUGAUAGAUACGUGGCUAUCUGCAACCCCCUGAGAUACACAACUAUCCUCAAUCAUGUUGUCAUAGGCAGAAUUGGCCUGGUUGGAAUAGUCCGUAGUAUAGCUGUCGUCUCCCCUUUCAUCUUCUUGCUUAAGCAACUGCCCUACUGUGGGCAUCGUGUCAUGGCACACACAUACUGUGAGCAUAUGGGCAUUGCUCGGCUGGCCUGUGCCAAUAUUACUGUCAAUAUUGUCUAUGGGCUGACUGUGGCCCUGCUGGCCAUGGGUCUGGAUUCCAUCCUCAUUGCCAUCUCCUAUGUCUUUAUCCUCAAUGCUGUCUUCCGCCUCCCAUCCCUUGAUGCCCGGCACAAGGCUCUGAGUACCUGUGGCUCCCACCUUGGGGUGAUCUUGGUUUUCUACAUUCCUGCCUUCUUCUCCUUCCUCACUCACCGCUUUGGCCAGCACCAUGUCCCCAAGCAUGUACACAUCUUUCUGGCUAAUCUCUAUGUGUUGGUGCCUCCUGUGCUCAACCCAAUCAUCUAUGGAGCCAGGACCAAGGAGAUUCGGAGUCGACUUCUGAGACUGUUUCACUUGGAGAAGGUCUGA